GGCGUCGUGUCCUCCACCGCGGUGCGCCACCGCAGACGCGCCGCUCGACGACGCUCCGGACGCGGGCCGAAGCACCUGUCUGGCCCGGCUGGAGGGGGCCUGCGGGAACCGGAACAUCGCCAGAAAGAGAUGAUGUCAGCACGAUUAAUCCGCAUCUCCCGUCUUCCUCUCUAUGGGUGCCAUCGUGCAGGACUGAUUUCAAACUCUCAUGUGCAAUACAGCAGUGACCUGGCGCAUGUGUGUCGGCGAAUGCCCAUUACAUUCACACACACUGUACAGAUCCAACCUGCGUCCUUCUGUUCUGACCUUGCCUCAAGGAACUUCAGUCCAAUCUACACUUUUCCAGCUAUUAAAGGCCUGCGGGCUCUUUCUAGACUCAAACUGAUGCAGACGGGCAUCACUGUCGUCUUACUGCCCACGGUGUAUUUCCUCUAUCUGCAGGGGCAGGCGUCAGUAAUGCUGCUGAGUUACUCCACAGGCAUCGCCGUGUUCGCCGGCCUCAUGCUGUACUCCAUAAGCCACUAUGUCAGACGAGUGGUUGGCAUGAUGUAUCUGGAUUCAACGCAGACCGUCUUAAAGGUGUCGCACCUGACUUUUUGGGGUCACAGACGGGACAUAUACAUGCCCGUGUCAGAUGUCAAGACUCUGGGAGAUUCAGGGGAUACCAAAGGAGAGCCGAUCCUGCGUUUAAAGCGCUACAGCUGUUCUGAUACAAUGUACUUCUCUACCAGACUGGGACGAGUGGUGGACAGAAAUGCUUUUGAGAAAGUAUUUGGGAGUUUAUCAUGAACUUACUUUCUCUUGUUUGUUUGUUUUUUUCAUGUCAUGCACUGUUAGAUAUUGUUUUGUAAUUUAAGUGACAAAUAAAGAUGUUAUAUUAAAAUUGUUAUUUCACAUAAUUCAUGGAAAAUGUUAAUAGAGUGGUCCAGAGAUUAUGUAUUUUGAUGUGUUUUUGUAGGCCAACCCAGAAGUUAGUAUCACCCUGGUUCCCACACACACACACACACACAUGUCUGGUUUGCUAUCCUUGUGGGGACUCUCCAUAGGCGUAAUGGUUUUUAUACUGUACAACCUGUAUGUGCUAUUGCCCCACACAAACCCUACCCCUAAACCUACCCCUUACAGGAAACUAUGAGCAUUUUUAGAUUUUCAAAAAAAUGCCAUUUAGUAUGUUUUUUAAGCUUUUUGAAUUACGGGGACAUAGGCAGUGUCCUCAUAAACCACCUUCAAAUUGUAAUACCUCUGUCUUAUCCAUGUCAUUAUACAAAUUUUGUCCCCGUAAACCACAAAAACCAGUACACACACACACACACAAACAAAACUAGUAUUAUUGGAUUGCUGCAGAAAAUAAGCUCUGUGGCCAAUAAACGCUAUCAGUUUCUUGUGAUGAUUUCAAAUCCGUAUUUAAGCUCAGAAUGAUCUCAAAGUAAAAAGAGGUGCUAAAGUAUGAUUUUGUGUUGGCUGUGCUUUAAAAUUAAAUGAUUAUAAUCUUA